CUGGUUGCCAAUGGAGACACAUACAACAGGAAGUCAAUCACAUGUUAUGGUCCUUCAUAUUUGGAUGAAUGCUUCCCUCCUACGUAUUUUUGUCCUUUGUAAGCUGAGAGACAGAUGGAAGAUGGAGGAACAGCCCCCUGAUAUCUCUGAGGGUCAAUCAACAGGAGGAAAUAAUGCUAGAACACGUGAUACUAGCGGAAGAGGACGACCAUGGAGAUGGUGAAGAGGAGGAGGGUCUGGAGUCUGACACAGAUCUUCUGGCAGAAUUAAAUGAGCUUCUAAAUGAGGAUGGAGCAGAAAACUUCACCGACCAGACAGAGCCAAACACUCCACCUCACUCCACCAAGGAACCUUCCACUAGCUCUCAGGGACUAGAGGUGCUCCUCAUCGGACGGAUUGGCAUGUACCGCGCCGCCAUUCGGCAAGCAAGCUCAGCCAAAGCAGUGGCCAGAACACGCAGAUACAGGAGGGGAUUGAAGACCUUAGAGGCCAUGCUGGAGUCUGCAAGAAGAGGACAUCCGGUCAGUGAGACAGAAAUCCCACCUCCUGUUGUAGUUACACCCAGCAAACCAUCUGCUUGUCAGAAAGUGCAACCAGUUAUAGAGGAAAAAUAUGGAAGCUUUCCUGGGAUGCUCUCCUCCACUGAUGACCCGACUUUAUCAAACACUACAGAUACAGAGUCUACCCCUCUGGUGUGGAGCAGACUAAAGGAGUACAAAUUGGCUGCCCUCCAAGCCAAACAAACAGGGGACAUGGAGUUGGCCAAGCAUUACUACCUGACAGCCAAGAAACUGGAGUCCAUAGUAGAGGCUUUAAAAGAAGGAGAAUUUCCAGAAAUAAGAUCCCUGCCGCCCCCUCCUGGUCAAAUCGGUCAGCAGUCUGGUGCUGAGGAUGAGUCUCCACUGCUGAGUCAUGACACUACUGGUGAGGAGAACUACGCCACUCCUCAGGCCUGCUGGGAGCCAAACCCUCCAUGUGGACCGGUGGAAAUCAGGUCGUGUCUGCCUACUGGCUCACCUGUGCUACCUCAGACUGAAGACAGCUACACACACCUGAUAGAUCUCUUUUUGCAACAACAACAGAGAUGCCUUUCCUACUGCCAGCAGUUCAGUCACAUGGGUAACAUUGAGGAAACCAUCAGGUUUGAGGAACUUGCAGAAACGAGUGCGCAGCACGCUGAAAUACUCAGGGAAUCCCAGAGAAGAGGAUAUGCUGUACCUAAGUACCACACAGAGGAGUGCAUCAUCAGCACAUUUAAGAUUAACCCUGAUCUUACUGGCAAUGAGUUGGAGCUGAUCAUCGUAAAGGGCAUUAACCUCCCAGCUGUUACAGACAUUUCUUCAGCUCAUUUAGACACAAGUGUACGCUUUGAGUUUCAGUUCCCAAGUUUGGAAGAAGCUCAAAAGAAUCAAACACGGCCUGUUAAAGACUCAGUUAAUCCAGUCUUUGAUGAGCAUUUCAAGCUCUUUUUGAAAAAAGAUCAUCGUGCCUUCAAGAGAGUGAUACAGUCUAAAGGCAUCAAAUUUGAGAUCCUUCAAAAGGAGGGUCUUUUCAAGACUGAUAAAGUGGUGGGCAGUGGUCAGCUGAAGCUGGACUCCUUAGACACCCAAUGUGAAAUUCGACAAAUCAUAGAGGUGAUGAACAGGAGAAAGACCACAGGAGGACACCUGGAGCUGCAGGUGAGGGUGCGAGAGCCUCUUGGGGGACUGCAGCCCCACGAAGUGACCGAACACUGGCUGGUACUGGACUCCCUCCCCAUUCCUUUGGUAGUAGCUCCCAAAUCCAGUGGCCAAGAGGCUGACAGGAGCAGAACCAGUGUCAGGUCAUCAACGUGUCUCCUCCUCUGAGUAUAGGUCAGCUCGAGUGAGCCCUCCCGAGCUCCACCCUGCUCUCCCCCGGCCUGUGUGAGUCACCUGAUCAGCCCUCGCCAGGGUAUAAGAGCUAAUCCAGCAACCGAUCCGCCCAUCGUGUUGCUUGUCAUGACCCCAUACCCAACUAAAACCCUCUCUGGUGUUAUUAUUGCAGCCCCUGCUGGUUGAUCACAGACCACGGACCAUCACCUUAGGGAUGUAUACAUUUUAAGACUUUUACUUAACCUAGAUAUUAAAUUAUACAUGAUAUACA